GUGGUGCUUGCGGGGGAGUGAGGUGUUUCUAGCGCCUGAUUGUUAGCGAGCCCCUAGGUUAGGUGGGCAACGGCGCUGUUCGGUUCCUGGGCGAGGGCCCCCCUCAGUAAAAGUUGACUCCAAAAACCAAAGACCUGGAAGAUCAGGACCAAAGGACCGGGACCAUGGCCAAAGACCAUGGAGAAAGAGCUGAGCUGAGCUUAUUAGUUGAGCACGUACACUGGUGAUGAGACAUGCCAAGCAAUUCUGAAUUGCGGGUAUAAACUUGGACAUGACGAACACUCCUCGAGAACAUUGCCAUGGCCAAAUUCUCAAAUCUCCCGAAAGGCCGCAUGCCCCUUUUACAAGAUGCCGUUCCCCUUUCUGCUCCCGACAACUUCGUCCUUCUCCUUCUCGUCAAGCUUCAAUAGCGAUUCACACCCUUCGCUGCCCCUCAACGCCAGCACCUAUCGCGGGGUAGUGAGAGACACGUUGAAGAAACACAAGCGCCUGCCGCCGAAUUCCCAGCCUCCCAACCUCCCAACUGUCGUUUCCACCAUCCACAACUACCUCCAGCAUCUGCUUGCUUUUGAUGCCGGUCUCAAUUAUCAGCCUGUCCAUGGGGAGGGAAUCCGAGUGACGCCAUUAUCCACACCUGCCAUCGAGUGGAGACCCACGCUGUCUGAUAAUGCAGUGCCCGGCAAGGAGCAGGCUAGGGUCAAGAUACAGUCUCUGGAAUAUGAACUCUUCUUCACACUCUCCACUCUCGGCUAUGCCUAUACCAACCUUGCACGUGCUGCUCUGUAUCCCUUAUAUGUAACAACCGGCGCACCCGUUGGAACUCAAGAACGUACGACCGCCGUGCAAACUGCAACAAAGCAUCUGCUUGACGCCGCAUCUGUGCAUGAUUACCUAGCAAGGCGCGCUGAGGGACUUGUGACCAGCCCGCCGUGUGCAGAUAUCUCGGCUACGACUACAAGAGCUCUGGCCUCUCUGGCACUUGCCGAGGCCACUUUGCUGGCCGUGUUGAAAGAUGAUCCAUAUCCAGCAGUUGUCGCACAAGACCGCAACAAGAACGACCGUGAAUGGAUGUACAAAGCGCCGGAGGUCCCUAAAGUGAGGGCACAUCUCUUUGCCCGUCUGUGUCUUGCAGCUUCCGAGCACGCAGCUAAAGCGUCUGCGUUGUGCAAAGCUACAACGGGUAAGGGGACAUCUAAACUGAACGAUUCCCUAGUCCGGUAUGUUGAUGAUCUCCAGAGGACUGCGCGCGCAAAGGCAUGCCGCUUCUUUGGCAUUGACGCAGAAUUGUCUGGUCAGACAGGCAAUGCGCUAGGCUGGCUUCAGUGUGGGCUACAAGAACUUGGUGUUGAGCCGAAAGAGGCAAAGAAAGGACUGAGUCUAUCUCGAAUGAAGAAAGAGUGGUCUGAGAAAAAGGAGGACAAGAAGGUCGAAAAGGGUGCUGGGUGGGGGGCUGAUGCCGGAAAGCUUGAAGAGUCUCGUGUCUUGGAGAUGCUUCAUGAGAAAUGGACAAAGGUCAACGAUACAAUGAUGACACAGGCUAUUCCUGCGCCUUCUACUCUGCUUUCAACUCUGCCAUCUGGACGAGAAAUGCAUGCUAUAAAACCUUACGCCCCACCAGAGCUCAGCAGACAGUCGUUGGAAGCCAUGCGUGCACCACCUGAUCGAGCCGACGACUAUGGCGAUGAAGGCCUCAGUUCAGACGACGAAAAGACAAUAGCAGAAGCGCCAGUAGGUGCGUUUCCUGGCACGCAGGGAGAGUAUCGGAGCGCAAGUACGAGAUCGUACUUUUAGACAAGGUAGACUACUGAGAGCAUUACUUAGCCUUCCAGUUUUACAGCUGAUGCCAAGCUGGACGAAAUCCC